AUGGCGGUCGGAAUCGACGUGAGGCCAUCCCGAACUGCAGCGGUGGAUGGUGCUGGUGGUACGAUAUGGCAGCAGGAAGAAGCCAUGAGUAAUGCCGCGGCAAUCCCACUUCGCGUGCCAGAAAAAAAAAAAACAAAUUCGGCAAGAGAAAACACCGUAACUCAAGAAUUCCAGGAGCACAAUACUAGCCCGAUGCCAAGACCCGGUUACACUGCUCCUAUUACUCACGACGAGCAACAAAUAGAAAAACACAAUGGCGGAGAAUCGAUAGGACAUUCUCACUUCAAAGCAGAGCGAUGCUUGCGGAAAACUGGUGAAUUAUGUGUAACAGAUUGCUGGGCUUAUAAGCCGCUUCGAGAAUUUGCAAUGUAG